AUGGACCCAACAUGGGACAAACUUGCCAAAGCUCUGUAUGACAACACAGCAGAGUGUGCAGACGAACUUGCCUUCAAAAAGGGCGACAUCAUCACAGUGAUGAAUGAAAACAUAGCGGACACCAGUGGCUGGUGGAUGUGCUCGCUGCAUGGACGCAAUGGGCUGGCACCCGCUAACCGACUGAAGCUUUUACCAAAAACCACAACUUCUGCAGGCUCCUCGAACCUUACUGUGGAUAAAAACAAAGCUAUUCAGGCUGAGAGCAACGUCAGUGUGCAUGACAUUUACCAGAUUCCAAACGGGCUGAGACCGAUCAACAGCCUUGCCUAUGAAAGCGUAAAUAUGAUCUACAACAUCCCAUCCAAUCCUUUAUCAACCUCACAGAGUCUACCCCAGUCAGCACCUGGCACAGAGGGCCCAGAGGAACAAAAGAUUUCAGCCUUCAACACGCCCUCUAGCCCAAAAGGAGAAGUUUAUGAUUUUCUGCCCCAAGCAAAACGAGCUUCUCUGCUCACUGUGUAUGCCAUUCCACCAGUUUUGUCUCAAGACCCAAAGUAUGACAUUCCUGUUCACUCAGCUACAGGAUCCAAACAGAGAAUUGUUGGUGAAUACAGAACUUUUCCUAGUCUUCACAAACCUGAGUGGAUCUAUGACGUGCCAGUGGGCUCUGGGAAACAAAGUCCAACCAAAGAUGUAUAUGAUACCUUGCCCUCCAAAUCCACUUCCAGUCUGAUCUACGACAUUCCUCCAUCAUGUACUCCACCCAAUCAAAGAAGAAAUGUUACUGCCUCACCGUGUAACUUACCAGUGUCUGAUUCUCUUGACAUCCCAAGUCCCUAUAAAGUGUUACAAGUUCCACCUUAUGUCAACCCCCCAACUCAGCCACCCACAGAAGAGUCGGUCUAUGAUUUUCCAUCAAAGGAAGAACCCCUAAGCAGAAGUAUCCCUGAUCCCUUAGGUGAUCAUAAUCCUCCUGAGUGCAAGGGUGACUCAAGCAAUGUACUCAAAAGGGUGCGACUGCAGCGGAUGAGGAACUUUUUGGCUUGCACUACUUUCUGUGAUCCUUCAGGAAGUAAGGAAUCACUUGUGCAGGAAGACAAUCAGAGUAGACUGUUUUUCUCAGAAUCCAACAGUCAAAGAAUCAGCCUCACCUCCAGCUCAUCGACUAGCUCGUGUGACUCUCUUACUUUAAGCUCGUCUUCUCCUGAACCGCUACGAGAAGUGAUGCUCAGUCAGGACGAGGCCUGCCGCAAAGUCCUUGACCUGCAGGAGUCUGUUUGCAGGGCUGUGCCACAGCUCAUGGAUUUUGUCAGUAGUAACUGGAGAUGUAAAGAACAUCUGGAGAAACACCUGGAAGAGAUUAAAGAAGCAGUAGAAAGUAUAGUAUGCUCUUUGACAUGCUUCCUAGGUUUUGCCCAGGACGUUAAGGGAAAUGCCCGCUGUUUAACAGAUGCCAACCUGCAGACCAGACUCUACAAACAGCUGACCAUCGUAGAGGACUCCGCUGGGAUCCUACACCAAACUGCAAGCAGUCUGAAGACAGCAGGCUGGUCCCUCAGUGCACUCUGUCAGGAUCUAAGCCAAGUUCAGACACCUGACCAGCUCGAUCGCUUUGUUUUGGUGGCACGUACUGUUCCAGAUGACGUCAAGCGCCUCGUGUCCAUCAUCUACGCCAACAGCAAGCUUCUGUUUAAAACGCUUCAGAAAGAUCAAGAAUCUGUGAACACCAGAAGUCCUCCAGAGAUAAAGGAAAGUCCUGUCAAAUUGAAAAAAGGAAAAUCAGCAGAAGACAACGAUGACUAUGAAGAUUUACAGACAAAUGUUGAAGAAAGGAAGCAGGAGAAGAAACUAAUACAAAAUGACCCCCCAGUCUCUAAAAAAACUGACAUCAGUCAUCCAUCUGACUGUUCCAGCAGUGCAAGAGAACAGCCGCCAUCUUCCCAGACAGAGCACUGCCGUCUUUAUUUUGGAGCUCUUCAGAAAGCUAUCAGAGGAUUUGUGGACAGCCUUCACAAUGGCCAGCCACCAGAGAAGUUCCUCCCACAGAGUAAGCUGGUAAUCAUGGUGGGCCAGAGGUUGGUGCAUACCCUUUACAAAGAGGCCCAUCAUCGAGGGUCCUGCCAAAGCCUCCUGUGCAAGAGCCACCAUUUAUGUGCUCUUCUGAAGCAACUGGCUGUGGCCACUAAGAAAGCAGCUCUGCUCUUUCCAGAUAAGCAAGUUCUCCAGGAGGUCCAAGAGUUUGCAAGGAUACUGGCUCAAAAAGCACAACAAUUCCGGCCGUCACUUGACGUCUGA